CACACCACAGCUGUAAAGAGGUUAGUUAUUUCAGAGAUUUUCUUUCUGAUAAUAAAUGUCAGGUUUGACUAAAAACCGUCUCUGACAAUACACUCCACUUCGUGUUUUCGCACCCGCUCUGUGCAUCUGAGCACAUAGCGGUCUCCUCUCCAGUCCUCAGCUUUUCGACUUUCUACGGUAAUGUAUCCUCCCCGACGUCGCUUUCUUAGUGAAGUUGAGUGAACACGUUGAGGAGCCCGCUCUCUGUUGGAUCCAUGUGGCUUUGUGGCUUUACCUGGACUCACUACACACAUUCUCUUUUCUGCCGCAACGCGGGACUCUCAACCACCGUUGGUGGCAAAAUAAACAGACGUUGAUUGAGAAGGAAGUGUUGAUGCACAGUUGUAGAAAAGUGUCAACCACCAAACGUUGAGUUGUUAGAGGCUACCUGCGUAUGCACUGCAGUGGAGUUCCUCUCUAAACUGGAAUCAGCAGAGGAUAAAAGAAGGAUUAAUCACAGAAGUGCACGAUGCUGAGAUACCAGACGGUCCUUUGGACUUUCUCAUUGCUGUCUGUUGCAGCUGGAUCCGAUUUUAAAGCACGUAACUGCAGUGGGGUUAAAGAAGCUUCAAUUGCAAAAGGCUUCAGCUUUGAAAAUGUUCCUCUCCAACAAAUGUCAGGUGACCAUCUCCGGGUAUGUCCCCAGGGCAAUACCUGUUGCAGUUCAGAAAUGGAGGACAAGUUUGGUCAACAAAGCAAGCUGGAGUUAGAGAACCUGGUUGAUGAAACUAGUAAAGAAUUGCGAAGCACCUUCGUCUCCAGACAUAAAAAGUUUGAUGAGUUCUUCCUGGAGCUGCUGGAGAACACGGAGAAGUCCCUGAACGAGAUGUUCGUGCGGACCUAUGGCAAGCCUUACAUGCAGAACUCAGAAGUCUUCCAGAACCUGUUUGCCGAGCUGAAGCGCUACUACACUGGGGGCAACGUGAACCUGGAGGAGAUGCUCAACGACUUCUGGUCGCGGCUGCUGGAGCGCAUGUUCACGCUGCUCAACUCCCAAUACGUCAUCACAGAUGACUAUCUGGAGUGCAUCAGCAAGUACACAGACCAGCUCAAACCCUUUGGAGACGUGCCCAGGAAGCUCAAGGCUCAGGUUACAAGGGCCUUCAUUGCAGCCCGCACAUUCGUCCAGGGGCUCUCGGUUGGUCGAGAGGUGGCCAACAGGGUGUCCAAGGUGAGCAGCACCCCAGCGUGUAUCCGAGCACUGACCAAGAUGAUGUACUGCCCAUACUGCCAAGCCAUGCCCUCCGUGAAGCCCUGUAACAACUAUUGUCUGAACGUCAUGAAGGGCUGUCUCGCCAACCAGGCCGAUCUGGACCCAGAGUGGAACCAGUACAUCGAUGCCAUGUUACUGGUGGCACAGAGGCUGGAGGGACCCUUCAACAUCGAGUCUGUCAUGGAACCCAUUGAUGUCAAAAUUUCGGAGGCCAUCAUGAAUAUGCAAGAUAACAGUGUCCAAGUCUCCUACAGGAUUUUUCAAGGCUGCGGCCAACCAAAGCCCUCAGGAAUGGGCGGCAGGUCUACCCGGGGCGUCUCGGAUGUGUUCAACGCCCGCUUCAGGCCCUACAGCCCAGAGGAGCGGCCCACCACUGCAGCUGGCACCAGCCUGGACAGACUGAGGACUGUCUGGAGUGCAAUGCAACACAGUGUGAUUGACAUCAAGGAGAAACUGAAGCUGUUCAAGAAGUUGUGGUCCAACCUGCCUGAGGACAUCUGCCAGCCACACAGGGUGACAGCAGGGAAUGCCACCGAUGACGACCAGUGUUGGAAUGGGCACACCAAGGGCAGGUAUUUCCCAGAGGUUAUGAAAGACGGAUUGACCAAUCAGGUGAAUAACCCGGAGGUGGGCGUGGACAUCACCAGGCCUGACACGUUCAUUCGCCAGCAGAUCAUGGCUCUGAGAGUGAUGACAAACAAGUUAAAAAAUGCCUACAAUGGCAAUGAUAUCUACUUUCAAGACUCAAGUGAUGAGGGCAGUGGCUCAGGCAGUGGCAGCGGCUGCACGGAGGCCUGCGUCACUGAGUUUGACUUUGCCAGCACCGAGGCACCGGUGGUGGGAGCGGACCGGAGCGGGAGCGGCCCGGUGGAGGAUUCAGCAGCAGCCACACACCCUGCCCCCUCAGCAGCCCUGCUGGCCAGCCUGGCCCUCUCAGUCCUGGCACUGCACAGGCUAUGGAGAUAAUGCUGGGGGAACUCACCCAACGUGGACAGAAGGAUCUCUCUCUACGGUGUGUUUUUCUACUCAAGCAGACUGGAGCUACAGUCAAGCAGACAGUAUUCAGGCAGCCUUGGCCUCUCGGAUAGGUAGAGGGGUCUUCUCUGCUCUGGAGACAGCAGUCAUGCAUCCUGGAUCCCCCUUCCUCCUCCUAAAGUGUCUGGUCAUUGGUGCCAUCCUUAGGCAGGACACAUGACUCCCGUCACUCCAAAAUAGAAACAGAUGAUCCACCAUCAAACAUUGUUCAAGAAGCCCAAAGGAAUUACUUUUUUCUGGCAUAAGGCAGAUGUUAUUAGGUCUCCAUGAGAAAAAGUAAUUGCACUUUUGGUCUAUUUUUUUUAUGCUAUAGAAGAUGAUUAUGUUGUACCACUGUGAGAUUGUGGAGAGGGUGCACCAAGAGGUGAUCAGAAGAUAGAACUAGAACAUGUCUACUAUGGUGUAAGGUGAUCUCAGCUGGCAGGUAUUUUACUUGUUGACAGGUCAGCAGUGCAUUUCUUCAUUCAUAAAACAAACCCGAAUUCCCCAAAAUCCCAGAAAAAUAUCAUAGAUACAGUAUGGCUUUCACAUUAAUUGUUGAUUUCGUCCUUGGUUCUUCUGCUUUAAAUAUUAUUGAAUAUUUUUCUACAUUGACAGAAAUACAUACAUAUGAUACAUAUGAAACAUGUUUAAUGUUAAUCAGGUAAAGUAAAAUAUUGUACAACUCAAACACUAUAUAUACAAAAGUAUGUGGACAUCCCUUCAAAUUAGUGGAUUUGGCUGUUUCAGCCACAUCCGUCGCUGACAGGUGUAUAAAAUCGAGCACACCGCCAUGCAAUCUCAAUAGACAAACAUUGGCAGUAGAAUGGCCUUACUGAAGAGCUCAGUUUGUCAAAUUUCUGCCCUGCUAGAGCUGCCUCGGUCAACUGUAAGUUCUGUGAUUGUGAAGUGGAAACGUCUACAAGCAACAACCGCUCAGCCGUGAAGUGGUAGGCCACACAAGUACAGAGAACGGGACAGCUGACUGCUGAAGCGCAUAGUGCGUAAAAAUCAUCUGUCCACAGUUGCAGCACUCACUACCGAGUUCCAAACUGCCUCUGGAAGCAAUAUUAGCUCAAGAACUGUUAGUCGGGAGCUUCAUGAAGUGGGUUUCCAUGGCCGAGCAGCCACACACAAGACUAAGAUCACCAUGCUCAAUACUAAGCGUUGGCUGGAGCAGUGUAAAGCCCGCCCCUCAUUGGACUCUGGAGCAGUGUAAAGCCCGCCCCUCAUUGGACUCUGGAGCAGUGUAAAGCUCGCCCCUCAUUGGACUCUGGAGCAGUGGAAACGCGUUCUCUGGAGUGAUGAAUCACGCUUCACAAUCUGGCAGUUCGACAGACGAAUCUGGGUUUGGCAGAUGCCAGUAGAACGCUACCUGCCCAAAUGCAUAGUGCCAACUGUAAAUUUGGCGGAGGAUAAAUAUUGGUCUGGGGCAGUUUUUCAUGGUUCCGGCUAGGCCCCUUAGUUCCAGUGAAGAGAAAUCUUAAACCUACAGCAUACAAUGACAUUCUAGGCGAUUCUGUGCUUCCGUCUUUAUGGCAACAGUUUGGGGAAGGCCCUUUCCUGUUCAGCAUGUCAAUGCCCCCGUGCACAAAGCAAAGUUCAUACAGAAAUGGUUUGUCGAGAUCGGUGUGGAAGAACUUGACUGUCCUGCACAGGGUCCGGGCCUCAACCCUAUCGAACUCCUUUGGGAUGAAUUGGUGAAAUAAAUCAAAUGUACAUUGGAACGCCGACUGCGAGCCAGGCCUAAUCGCCCACCAUCAGUGCCCAACCUCACUAAUGCUCUUGUGACUGAAUGGAAGCAAAGGGGGGACCAACUCCAUAUUAAAGCCCGGAGAUGUUGAGAUGUUUGACGAGCAGAUGUCCACAUACUUUUGUAGUGUGUCUAAUAUAAGUUUUUACCAUUUACUGCAUUCUGUUGUUUUGAGUGCAGAUGUUAUCAUACCACAAAGAACCUCAUCAGAAUGAUUGCUUUAAGUUAUGUUAUAUGGUGUUAUCCACUAUGUCAGAUUUUCCCAUAAUUGGAGAGAAUAAGAGAAUGUCCAACCAUUUAGAAACGAUCGGUCUGCAUUUAUUGGUAUGAGGUUAUUGAAAGUUUACAUCAUUUUUUCCCCUUAUAUUUCUUAUAUCCUCAGAUAUGAACCUUUACCUGAUAACUCAGGAUUGAGAUGUUUUUCAUGUUAAUUCAACUGGUUUUGAACUGCACAUGCUUAACUUCAUGAGCAUGUGUUCAUCUCAUGUUUUAACUACCUGCAAUGUGAUGUCUAACCUCCCAUCUGUCAUUAUGAAGGCAAAUUUAGAUACAGUAAGACACCGUGUUCUAACAGUCCUAGCAAGCACUUCUUAUGAACUCAACUGAGGCCCUCAGAUUUCAACAUUUCCAACAUUUAUUGACAAGAUCCUUCAUUCAUCCGUUUUAUGGAAGAUACAUGUGCAGUUAAAGUUAAUGCACUUAAAUAUGUCUAAUGUCAAGUGAGCUAAUGUCGACAUCUGUAUUUAACUGUAACCACUAAUGUCUUUAUAAUUCACAAGUAGAUCUGUCGAAAUUACCGUUCACAUAACAUUGAUUCAAACAUUGAUUCAAACCAGUUAUUCAUUCAUUAUUAAAAACAAGAGAGAACGAAUGAGGAUCAAGAUGAGGUGCCAAAUUGUAGUAGGUAAAAACAUAGCACAUUGAAGACAAAAAAAUGCCAAAGGCAAAAAAAAGCCCCCUUCAUUUAUCUCUGGCGCCUGAGUGGUUCUGUGUGCAGAGACAGG